UGUUGGUUGCCUUGAUCGUCCAACCACACCAACCAAGCAGGUGAAGGGACGCUGGAGAACCCCAUACGGUUCAUCGUCGAAGGCAAGCCGGGUAGCGGUAGCCGCACUGACAGUCUCACUGUCGAGGAGGCAAUGAGGCGCAUGACUAGAGGCCUUCCACAGUCCCCCAUCGGGUCCCCGUGGGUCCUCCCUCCCCCCUGACGCUGGUCCCACGCGAGCAACUUAUUCAUUCCUCAGCCUCCUGUAUGCCAUUCAUUUAUGCCAGUUGGUGGCUGUCAGCGGACGCCCUCGGGAUUCCUCGACCUUAGUACCUAGGACCUCACCCGACGUGAUUUUCGAUCGCCUUGUGCUUUCGUGUGUGUGAUGGGUUGGCGUCUUUUCCGGGGGAGGGAGACUGUACAGUUACUGUAGUAGUAGUCAGCAAGGGAUUAGAUCACGGCAGUGACGUCAGGGAGAGAGAAAGACAUACAGAUGGACGAGUCUCGCCUCACUAAUUGUCUGGAUGCCCAUUGCAUACAUUUAUGUCUGAGAGUCUCGGACACGGACAACCACGUACAAGUGUGACGUUCAUAUGAGGAAAUGCCUUCGACCACAAAUUUACACCUGUACAGCAGCCGUUGGCGGGUCGUGGGGCUGGCACGCAUCACAAUCAUGAAAGACACGCGGCAUGGCAGCCCUGCCGAGCCUCAAGACAGCACCUCCGGGCGCCGCACCGCCCCUGAUGACCACCAUCAAGGGUCAUGCACGACUCCUGCUCGGCAGGAGCGUCAAACCCAACCGCCGGCUGCCGGUGCUGCUGCCGCUGCUGCCGGUGCCGGCGGUGGUGCUGCCGAUCCCACCACCAAAGCAUCGGCGUUUCUCGAGCGCUGUUUUCCCGUCGUCCGGCGCAUCAUUCAUUUUUUCACUGUCCUGGGGUACCUGGUGGAGAUGGCCGUUCUGCUGGGUGUCUUCAUCACUGGGCUGCUGAUUCCCCUCUGGCUGGAGCUCGUGCUGGCCCUGCUCUCCCUCCCCUACGCCCUCAUCGUGGCCAGCGGGUGCAUCAUGCUCACCAUGACUGUCCUCAACAUCGGCAGCCUCCUCUUCGCCGCCUACUUGGAUGACAACAGCCCUCUUGCCGCUCCGCCCAAGAGGCCAGCAAAGAGGAAAGAGCCCCCAGCUGAGUCGGCUGAUGCCAAUGGCGCCACGGCCCUUGCAAAGGCGAGUCAGAUUGAGGCGGAGGAGGAUGGCAACUCGGCUGCGGCCGAUGAGGAGCAGCGGCGGGCGACGCGCAGGCGACAGAGGAAGAGAAGUACGUCAUUCUUCGGUAGUGGGUGGAGCUGUUGGACGUUGUUUCUGACGACGCUGCUUAGGAUCCCCUCUGCCCUCGCGACAUGCACCGCUGCGCUGGCGGUGCUCGUAUUGGUACGCAACAAGACAGACAGACACCGCUGCGGACUGAAAUUGUUCUCAGUCAGUCACGACCCGACCCACGCCAUCAUGGAAUGACUGUAUGUUGCGUGUGUCGUGUCAGAUAUCCGAUCAUCGUCACCUGCCUGCCACGUCCCCCUCCCCCUCUGUGCUCUGCGGCUCACCCCCCCACAGCACACCCCUCUCACCCACCACCUUCGACCGGCCCCUGUGGCUUUACACGACCUGGUACCACCAGGCCCACGACGACCUGCUCGGCAUCUGUGUGCCGCAGGAGGUCUUCAACGUGCUCAACUGCACCAAGGACGAGCCUGUGCGUGACGAACAGGGCGAGCUGAAUGCCGGCCGGCUGCGGGGGAUGGUGUAUGGCGCCUUCAGCGAGGAGCUUGGGAAGGGUGUGGGGCGGAUUCCGACUAACGCGUUUGUGCAGCAGUACCGGCGGUCGCUUGAUGGCUACAAUGUGACGACGGAGAGGAUCCAGCAGUUCCUCACGCUUGCAAAAAUCGCGGAAACGAGACUCCAGUAGGCUGUAGCAGCUGCUGCAUGACAUGACAAACAUCCGCCCGCCCAUAUGGAUUGAUUCUUUUCCCCUUUUUUCUGUCUUUCUUUCGCAUUUUCAGCUGCGCCGGGGUGUGCGAGCCCUCGCCGCCCAUAUUUAUCGGCAACACCAUCUUCGACGUCAACACUGCCCUCGCGGCCUGCGUGCCCCAGUUCGAGCACUACCUGGUCACCAAGUCGCCCCUUCGCCCCCUUGCCCUCCUGCUGCUCUUCUGCGGCCUCAUCAUGGCCACCAGCCAGCAGCUGUGCCUGGGGCUGGCCAUCUACAUCGCCGUCAAAGUCUGCCUGAGGCGGCGCCAGAAAGGUCUGGCGAAGAAGAGGGCAGGGGUGACGACGGCAGUGGUCAAGGCCAAGCCGCAGACCCCCGGUGCGACUGCCACGGCAUCGGCUGUGGCCAGCGACAAGCGGCCGGUGGAGGUGCAUCUAGAUCUGGUGGUGCGGUUCCCCGAUGAGACACAGUCGCCUGACGAUGGCGAGGGGGAGGAGGGGUCGAGCUAUCCCAACACAGAGCAGAGAGAGGGAGAGGGCGAGGGAUCUGCAGAGGGUGACGACGGCUGGGCGGACGAGCUGGCAGACGACGAGAGCGACCAUCGGAAGCCUUCACCUCUGCUCAGGCCGGCGUUGGAGGGCGUCAGCGUCAGCACCGGCACACAGGCCGAUGUGGCAAAGUCGGAAUGUGGGCAGGGAGGCAAGGAGGAGCAUGAGACGCAGGUGGAGAUGGACCAGGCGGUGUCCACCGCCAGCAGCCGCCACGAAGGCGAGCACACCCACCAGACCGACGAACAGGACGAGACGACCACCCACACCGUCACGUCCCUGCCCUCCCCUCCGUCCCCUCCACUCACCAACAUCACCCACCAGCAGCCAACACCCACCACAAUCCCCCACCGCCCCUCGCCCCCAUCAAUCUUCUCGGUGUCAUCGGCAACGUCAUCGUCUUACCUUGGCAGCCAGGCCGAGACCCUUGCCGGUUUUAGCGACAUGCUCGAGGAGCCCAUUCAGUCGUACCUCUCAAAGCCGCGGGCACGCAGCGAGAAUGGCGACGACGGCGGCAGGAAGACCACCUCCACCCCCAGACACCGCUCGCCAUCCCUCGAUCCCAAGGCCACACAGGGCGCCACUCGGCAGCAGCAUCAGCAGCAGCAGCAGCAGCAGCGGGCGCUCUUUCGCGACUUGGCGCCUUCAGACCUGCAAGGCGGCCACUCGCCGCUGGACUGCACGGGCAGACAGAGCGACACGGGCACUGUAGGCGGCCUGACAGCGCUGUUUGACGAGCCGGUCGACACCUACAUCAACAGCGUCGAGGAGAGGCGGAGACUCAGGAGCCUCACGCCCGUGACGGCCGGCAGCAGCCGGCAUCGCAGCAGCACUGACGGCAGAGUGCAGACAGGGGCGGCUGCCACCACACCCACGGCGAGCAACGACAAGUCCGAAUUGCGUCGGCCGGAAAGGCGUCAGCGUCAUUCUGGGCGGCGCGCAGCACCAGAUGCGCAACCAGCCUCUCAGCCAGAGGGUCGUGAAAUGUCACGACCCGAAGGGCGCGAAGCACUCCACCGCCACAGCCACCGACGGAGGCGACACGACCGCGGGCGUGAGGGGCGUGAGCAUCACGUCGAGGCCGUCUCCUUCCCGCCGUCCCUCUCCGUCCCUCCCCGACGUCCGCUUCGCGUGGGUCGAGAGCACGCCAGCAGCGCUGAGAGGGCACAGACCCCGAGUACGUCACGCCACAAAGAUAGAGAUAGAGAGAGGGAGAGGGAGAGGGGGAGGGAUCGGUCGCGGGAUCGGCCGCGGGAUGAGAGGGAGAGGGUGAGGAGAAGCCGGCAUCGGAGGACUCGCGAGCACUGCCGCAGGCGGCGGACAGACGGGGAGAGGAGAGACACAGACACAGACAGACGAGAGGGAGAGAGACAGAGACACGAGUAGCAAUCGGAGAUAGAUAGAUCCUAUGGAUGAUCCAUGUGUGUGUGUGUGUGUGUGUGUGCGCGUACUGACGUAUGACAUAGUCGAUCGUUUUUCCGGUGUUUGUUGAUACCGAAUCAGAUUGACCUGAGUGUGCUCGUGCGUGCCCACUGUGUGUGCCUUGCGUACAUUCAUUAUUGCAUACAUCAGUCACGUCGCUGUUCUUUGAGAGAGAGUGUGAGUGAGGACGCUCAAUGAGGCGUCUGGUUGGCUGGCUGGCUGGCUGGUGGAGACAGUUUUGUACACACACGCCCAGAGAGGGAUUAAUGAAGGGCUGGGUGGGCGGAUGAGGGGGGGGGGUUCUUUCCUUUCUUCCCUCCUUCCUGAUGUUUUAUGUGUUUGUAUUGUGUUGAGUGUAUCGUGUUGUGCAUCAGCGGUGCACAAUGAUUGAUUGACAGAUCUGACAGAUAGCGGUCUUCGUACGUCCAUGUGCGCAGCGAGUGCCCAGUGCACUCAAUGCAGACAGACAGACAGACAGACAGAUGUCGAUAGUACAGUGAAGUGAAUGUGUGUGUAUUUUGUGCGGUGGGUGGGUGGCGUGAGUGAGUGAGUGGGUGAAUGUGUGUGGAUAAGAGAGUGAUGAAUUCAGGAGUGCGUGCCGACCGACCAAGAUCAUUCGGUGCAUUACGGCACUGGGAAAGCAGUCAUGUUCGGUGUGCUAAGUAUACCGAUGAUCUAUCAAUCAAUCCGUU